AUGGGGCGGGGGGCGGGCGAUCAAUUGGCACAAGGCGGGAAUGCGCCAGGCGCCCGAGUGAAAGUAGAGGCAGGCCGGCGACGAAUAGCGAGUCGAGGGGGCGGGGCCUGGGCCCGGGACGGACGAGGGCAACAAAGACGGGGGGGCGGAUACAGGGGUGACGGCAGCAAAGGGGGCGGGCUAGCGGUGCCAAAGACAGGAGGGCCACCAGGGCCGAGGCCGUGGGAAAGAAGGGAAGCGCAGGGUGGGGGGUCCAGGGAGCGUGGCAGGAGAGACAGGGAAGAAACGGGGGAGGCCAAGCGGGCCAAGGGCGGCGGGGAAGGCGUAACUGCGCCAAGACCAGGACGGAUGGCGGUACGACAAGCGAGGUGGAGGGGGGAAGCCAGGAAAACCGACGAUGCAACGAGGAGCGGCAAGGAGUGCGGUGGAUGCAAAGACGGGACAGGGCGUGCACGGUGGCGGGGUGCGGACCGGGCAGCGGGCCAAGAAUCGACGGGGAACGCCAGCCAGCAGCGUGGGAGUGGACGGGAAGGGGGCCAGUACGGGGACCGUGAUAGGGGGGGGGCGACGGAGAGGGCGCGAGGAGUGGAGGGCCAGUAG